GAGACACUCAGGUCACACACAGACAGGAAAAAGGGGUUGAUCUGUGGAGAGUCAGCUGGUUCCAGAAAUGAUAAGCAUCUUCAUUGAUCUUGAUUGUCAACGCCUGGUGACCUGACGAGACUUCGGGAACUGUGAGAAGCUGUGAAGGUACAGGUUCUGGUGGCAACAUGACUGAGAGAUGAACUUAGGACUCAUAUCUGACUAAACCAAGAUACCACAUUGAGAAAGACAACAGGUGCAUAUUGUGUGAAACCAACCAGAAACUUGUACAUCUCAUCUGGGCAGGUGAUAAUGGAGUCUGCUUUCUCACAAGUAAGUUGGGAAGCUGAGGCAGAAGCUGAGGAAGCAUCUCUAAGGGGUCUGGGCUUGCGUCGCAAACGAGAAUUCAUCCCAGAGGAGAAGAAAGAUGCAAUCUACUGGGAAAAACGGCGCAAGAACAACGAAGCGGCCAAACGUUCACGAGAAAAACGAAGGGUCAACGACUAUGUUCUGGAGACACGAUUGGUUUCAAUGAGUGAGGAGAAUGCUCGUCUACGAGCCGAGUUGUUGGCGCUAAAGCUUCGGUAUGGUGUUCUCAGCCCUGGGGUAUCUUAUUCCUCAUCUCAAAGGGCCCUGUCUCAACUUCACCCACUGGCCCCACAACCUCUGAUCUCUUGCCCAGACAAAGACCUCUACUGGGCUAGAAAGGAAGACAGAGAAUCUUCCAAUCUGCCUGGAAACCAGCAGCCACCCAUUGGUUUGGGAACCCACCCUGGGUCAGCAUUCCUGCCCACACACCCUAUGGCCUUACGAAGAAAUUACCCAUACUUUCUAGAAUUUCCCAGCCUCCAUUCUCCUACAACUACACCUUUACUCUUACCGCCACACUUUGCCUCAGCAGCCUCCCCUUGGGCAGGUAGACCCCUGCUCCAGCCAGGGAAUCAGAGGAUCUUGUCAGACGAAGAAGGUGAACAGCAGGUGCCGGCAGAUUCCAGCGCUGCACUGCCCCAUAAACUCAGACUGAAGACGCAAAACUCACAGCGCAAAGACAAUGGAACUAAAUCUGCAUCUCCGAUCCCAGUAUAUAUGUCAGAUUGAAAAGCUAUAGGGUAGAAUGACUCAGCAGUUAUGAGUCAUCCUGCUUAUUUGCCACAGUUUCCAAUUGUCAAAACUGUAAUUAUUUUGCAUAUUUCCAUUAUCAAGGUGGAAAGAGGCAACACUGAAUUGGGAUGAUGAAAGAUGGUACAUGGGAAGCUUUUUUUAAUAUUUGACAUAUUCACUUCUUCUUUUUUAUGAAUUUGUCAUGGAUCCCGUAACAUCUGGUUUCAAAUUAGGAAAAUAACUACUAAUCUGAUUGAUGAAAAGGAAUCUGAUGUCACACUGACCUCAGGAAUUAAAAGGUUACUUCUGAUACCUCAAAGUAAUUCUGUAAGAGAAAAAGAAAAAGAACUGAAUAAGAGGUUGAAUCUGUACAUACUGGAACAUUUUACAUUUGGGUAUCAUGAGUAAACCAUUAUCAAAA